UCGCCUCAGGGAAGCCCGCUCCGCUCCGCUCCCUUCCCGCCUCCCGCCCUCCCCUCAGCCGGCCGCCGCCUUCCCGCUCCCCCGCACCUUCUCCUCCUGUUCCCCCCCGCCCCGCGGGCCCGGCCCGCUGCCCUUACCUGACGCCUGCGGCAGAGGGGUGGAAGGAAGCGGCUCUCCCUCAGCACGGGAUGCUUGGGCGGCCCUUCGGGUGGCUGCCCUGGCUACACAACCGUGUCCCGAGCGAGGGCAGAAGUCCUCGCAGCGGGGCUUGCGGUGCGGGUAGUUGGUAGCGUCGGGGGUGCUGGAUUCCUCCGCUCGGGGCUGCGUCUUCCUUGGCGUGGGGCUGCUUCCCUGCGGCGGCCUCCCCCCCCUCCGCGCUCCUCUUCGGCCGCCUGACUGCCCGCCUGAGGCCUGCGCGCCCUCCCAUCCUUAUUUUUUUAAAAAGUUGUAUUUGUUUGUCAAAGCCGAAUCUAGAACCCAGCUUUCGGGACCUGCUGUUACUCUCGGGGAGCUCAAAAACGCCAGUCAGUGACCCGGACGCCGGCUGGGGUGGUGCUGGUGGCCGGGUAGCCGCAGGGCCUAGCUGGCGGCCUCCGAGCUGCGGCGAGGUCACCAGGGCGGUUUUCGAGCUAGGUGUAAACAUGUGCUUUCCUGAGUAAAUGUAUUAUCAAAGCAAGUUUCAUCUGCCUAAAUACGGGGAAGGGGCAAGAAUCGCCGCUGCUUUUCCUCAUGAAAACCUGGAGCUGGAGUUGGAGAAGGUGGCUCAGCGCAUCCCACCGCCAGCGAAGAUGUCAGGAGAUCAGCAUGUUGAUAGCUCUACUCAAGAGGGAGGUGAUGAAGAUCACGGUGAUGUAGUUGAUGCAAAGCCAGACAGAAGCAGCAGAUUCUCACUUUUGGGAAAAAAAAAGAAGAAUGGAGAAGAAGAACAGCCAAAGUCCUCUCUCAGUAAUCAGUACCGAAUUGUUACGCCCACAUUCCAGUAUAAUAUGGACUACAAGAAAGUUGGCAAAUGUAUUAUUAUAAACAACAAAAAUUUUGAAGACAAAACAGGAAUGGGUACACGCAAUGGCACUGAUAAAGAUGCUGGAGAUCUAGCUAAGAGUUUUAGAAACUUAGGUUUUGACGUUUGCAUAUACAAUGACCGAAGCCGUGAUGAUAUGGAAAAGUUACUGAAGCAAGCUGCUGAGGAGAAUCACAGUGAUGCUGCUUGUUUUGCCUGUAUCCUUCUAAGCCAUGGGGAGGAAGGCCUCAUCUAUGGCACUGAUGGACCCAUGGCUAUCAAGAGUUUGACUGCGCUAUUCAGAGGAGACAAGUGUAAAAGCCUUAUAGGCAAACCCAAAUUAUUUUUCAUUCAGGCAUGCAGAGGCUCUGAAUUUGAUGAAGGUAUACAAACUGACUCUGGACCUGCAAAUGACACUCUGGAAACAGAUGCCAAUCCGAGAUACAAAAUCCCAGUAGAAGCAGAUUUUCUGUUUGCAUAUUCCACAGUGCCAGGUUAUUACUCCUGGAGGAAUCCUGGAAGAGGCUCCUGGUUUGUGCAGUCUCUGUGCUCUGUACUAAAUGAGCAUGGAAAACAACUUGAGAUCAUGCAGAUCCUCACACGGGUCAACUAUGUGGUUGCCACAAAUUUUGAAUCACAGUCUGAUGAUCCACGCUUCAGUGAGAAGAAGCAGAUUCCUUGCGUGGUCUCUAUGCUCACUAAGGAACUUUACUUCUGAAAGUGUAUUUUAAGGCAGCCAGUGAUGAAAGAUCAGGAUAUGGUUUUGGGUAGAGAUUUGAUAUAAACUGGAGUAACACAUUCUUAAUAACAGAAAUGUAAUUACACUAGAUUUUUAUAUUGUAUAAGCUGGGGUAUCUGAGGGAUGGACAAUAUGCAAGAUUUUAAAAAAGAAAUAAAUGCUGUGGGCCAGCCUGACAGCUAAUACUAAUUACUGUAUCUUGAUUUCCCUUAGUGUGGCUGUCAUGAUUUAUGGCUACUGAAGAUGUUCUGAGAGUCAGCUACCUGACCCAUAAAGGUUUAUUCCAGAAAACAGACUGUAAAUUAAGAACAAAAAAAUUUAAUCGUGAGACUCCAUCUUUUCUUUCACUGCUAGCUCAUGGAACUAUAACUUCCUCGGAAAUUUGCAAAGACCAUCAUAUUAUGGGUAUGUCCAGUGAUGAAACAGUUUGUAGCUAUUUAAAAGGGUGUUUCUUAGUCUAAUAUAUUUCCUUUUUUAUGAACAUUAUUAAUGAAGACUAAUGGUUGCUCUGUGCUUAAUCUGGAAGUCAAUUUACUUAGGUAUCACUCUAGCAUAAGAUGGAUAAUUAAAAAAUCAAUAUUUGUAGAUUAUUUGCCUGAGUAGUAUGGAAAUGUAACAAAUAGAAAAAUUAAAAUGAAAAUCUUUGUGAAAGAUUGGCAAACUGUAAUUGGAUGAUGCCUUAUUAAAGUGCCAUUGUAAAGAUUUUUGCCUUGCAAAUGACAAUUAACUGACAGAACGGCCUGAAACAGUGGUAUUGCAGUUUUUCUGCUUGCAGAAAUAAAAAUGUCUGCUUUUUCAUUCAGAAGUUUUGAACCAACAGAAAGUUAAUGCCAAGGCUUUGUUAUAAAACAUUAAAAUUUAAUGUUGAAAUCAUAGAAUUAUAUGUUCCAGUAACAAAUGUAUGUUUAGAUAUAGGUUCUAUUUGUGAGGAAUUUUGCCAAGACUGGAAAUACUUACUUGAAUCAGAAACCAGAAGUGCCUUUUUAGUUACUGCACAGUCUUGAUUUUGUAUUUUGGAGCUACGUCGGUGAUGUUUAUAUUCCUACUUUUUAUAUUCUCUUUAAAGUUGGUAGCUAGCUCAAAAAAGUAAGUUUAAUGAUUUGUUUAAACUGAUAAAUGGUUAGUUGUUCACCCUUUUCCCAGUUAAUGUAUUCUAUGCUCUUUUGAAAUCUUCUAAGAAAAUAAGUGCAUACUAUUAAAGCCAAGUUACCGAAUUAUAAAGUUUAUUUUCUUACAAAUACUGUGGCAUAGUGAGGCAUUUUUUUUUUCAUAAGUCAAAUUUACAGUUGUUUGAAUUAAAUAAAUGACUGUUUUAUGGACAUCUUGAGCAUGAAAUCAAUAAAGACCUUUUUUUAAAUUUC